GACAAGAUGGUGUCUUUUCAAAAUCACACUGAUAUGGAAACAGUGAGUUCCUGCGCAAAGAUCCCUGUGGAAGUGUUUUAUGAACCAAAGAAUAUAUGUAAGGCCUUCGAGGAUAUUUCUGCAUACUUUUCGGAUGAAGAGUGGGGAAAGCUGACCAAAUGGCAGAAAAGUGCCUAUGUGUAUAUGAAAAGGAACUACGUCAGAAUGACCGGCCUAGGGGUCACAGUGAACCAACCAGUUUUCAUGCGUUGCAAGGAGCAGGCCAAGGAAUCCCUGGUCGAAUGUAUUGAAGUUCAUGACAGCGAAGCUGAAUGCUCUGAUGAAACUCUUGGCGGGACACCAAGAAAGCGGAUGAAGCUGGCAUCAGUGAGAAUAAGUAUUCACAAUGUAAAAGGAGGACUUGCUUCUGGAGAGAAUGGUUCCAACUUGGCAGAAAGUGGUGCCAUUCAGGUAAACGCUUGGAGCCACAGGCUGCGAGAGAGAAAGACCCGAGUGAUAUAUGAAGAGAUUAGUGAUCCUGAAGAAGAUGAUGAAGAUGAUGAUGAUUAA